GGCCCUCGACGUAGCGCCCCCGGCCUGCCUUGGUCAGUAGUGUGCCAGCCGUCAACCCCGUGCGUACCCAGGACGUGUCCCACUCCCGCCCGACGCCCGCGCUCCACCCCGACCACUGCCGUGCGCUCCGUCAUUUACGUGGACUCGAUACAUGUUCGUUCCUGUGACUCUGUGAGCCAAUUGUGGAAGUGAAUUGGUGGGAUUUCUUAAGACAAGAUGCAGGGAAUUUUGCACGUACUCGCGGCUUGGUGCCUGGCUAGUGUCCUGGCCGAACCCGGUAAAAGUGUGAUGGGUGGGCUGUACUGGUGCAGCACUCUGUGUAUGUGUCGCACCGAGACGCAGGUGGAAGUGCAGUGUUUCAAUCGAAACCAAGUGUAUGGAAUCCUGGACUUCUCAAAGAGACAGGUGAAGAGGCUGGAGAAGAACAACUUUAAGAUAGAGGAAAAAAUGAAAUGGUGUAAUGACCUGUGUCUCUGCCAUGCCCACAACGACGUAGAGUUCAAAUGUGGCAAGGAAGAGUCUCUCACUAGCUUCAUCAAGGAUAAUAUCGGCGAUAUGUUUUUCUACGAUACAGACGAGGAGCCUGUAGUAGAGGAGCAGCAAACAGUAGAACAAGAACAACUAGUGGAAGAAGAGGAAGAAAUAGAAGAAACGGAACCAAAAAGAAGAUCUGGGAAAACGAAGAAAAGGAAAAAUCGCAAACCAAAACAGAUCGUUGAUGAUGUUGAGGAAGUGGAAGUAGUAACUACAGAAGCUCCCCUGGCCGAGCCAGAACCUGAGCCCACAACACACCAGGUGGUAAUCCCUAACUCUACCACGGCCCUUCCUAUCACCGCGCCCACCAUAACCACCACGCCUUCUCUCCCCGCCCACCCCAUUGAUCACGAAGAUGAAGCACCUGUUGAGGAGGAGGCGGAGCUGCUGCCGAAACAGGAGGCUGUGGCGGCGAGUCCUGCAGUAACAGCCAUGCAGCCUCCCACCCGCCGCCAGCCCUUCCCAGCAACGGUGACAGCCCACACCCCGCACGCCUCCACCAGGGAGUCUCACACUAACGCCCCCAAGGUGUCCGCCGUGCUGGAGGUGCCCGUCGAGAGGAAGACGGUGGCGUCAGAGGUGUCGCAGGACCUGGACGAGCUAGGCAACGCAGUUAUGCAGAUCAAGAGUGACGUGGUCCUCAACCAGCGCAUCCUCCUCGUAACUGUUGCAGUUGCAGGAAUUGCAAUGUUAGGAGUGUUGAUCCUGGCGGUACACGGGUGCAGCCGCCGACGCAACUCAUCCUCAGACACCAAGAAGAGGGACGCUUCCAAGGUUGACAACCACGUUACCAAGGUCAACUUAGAGCAGGACUGGUGACUAGGUGUGACCUCAUCUCCAACCAGCCAAUGGGAAAGCCGGGAUUCCUCAGGAGAAGUCAUUUCCAGCCAAUGGGAGAUAGAACUCAACCAAGAAGAAGAGAGGCUGAACAAGCAGCGUAACCAGGGCAUAGGUCCGAGUUCCUGCAGGGACAGCAGCUGGGAGGAGUCCACGGCCUUCCGCGAGCUCUCCGUCGCCCAGGGAAGGUUCAAGGUCUCACGAGUUUAAAUACACCAUGAUCAUACAUAACCUGUAUCAGUGUAUGAGAGUAUUUCUUCCCGUGUAUGUGGCUCGGUUCAGCUCCAAUACGGUUAUUCAAACAGACAGACACAUUUUCAUGCACUAUUUGAAUAGAACACCACCCUCACACACACACUUUGGAUGUAUAUACUAUAAGCCUGGAAAAGUGCCUUUGUAAUAUCAACUACAGGUUGUCUGGACAUACACUCAAGUCAGUAAACACACUCGGCAGCGCAACACUAAACAGGCUACACCUCAACACUAGUAACACUUCCGGAUGUUAUAAAAUACUGUAUUCAAAUGUAUCUAAAUGUAAUGUAAACAAAACACAAAAUUAAAAAAAAAAAGUCAAUUACAGAGUGUCAGCGCCAAGUGCGUGAUAAACUAGAGUGAAUGUCUCGUUCACACACACACACACACACACACACACACACACACACACACACACACACACACACACACACACACACACACACACACACACACACACACUUACCUUUAUUUCUCUUUUCUUAAGUUAAAAAAAAAAGUAAUGACUGUAAAUACUCUGUAGAAUUACCUGUAGUAUUAGAGAAAUUAUCAAACACGUAUACCAUUAUGAUUUAAAUGAUUUCCCUCACCUGUUGCCGUUCACUAACCAGGUAGACUGAAGGGCAGCCACCUCUCUCUCUUGCCAGGUAAAAUAAUGGCAUGGCGUCUAUACUAAUAUUUUAAUCUCAACAAUAUCCACAAACAUUCUUCCUCUUUACAUAAACACAGUAUUUUUUUUUUCAAUGGGUUUUGUUUCACAGAGGUAAUGUGUCGCCCAGACCUAGCACAGGAUGGGGCUAUACAUAACACAACACAAUGUACUUAUACUAUACCACCCAUGCAGUCUAGCUUGGGUUAAUGUAAAUAGAUAUAUGAAAACUAAACUAAGCUAAACUACAUACUAUAUCUGAUGACUACGUGACAUCCCCGAGUGCUGGACUUUUUAGUACCUAAUUCAGAGCAUUAAGUAUUUUAGCCUCUAGUCUUAAAUAUAAUUUAUGAAAAGAAUAAAUAAACAUUAAAAACCAUAA